AUGCUAACGCUAGCUCAGCAGAGAAGUGCAGAUGGAGAUGCUGCUGAUGACCACAAGCCUGCUACAGAUGCCAAACAGACCGUAUUAAUAAAUAAUAAAGGACACGAUGGAACGGGUGAAGACGAGCAGCCAAAGGACGGGCAGCCUGCCAGCAAAUCAAAUGAGACAGAUUCCUACAGCAACGAUACUGUCCUUUCUCCACAAACAACAAAUAAGCCAAUGCCAGCAGCACCCCCCACCGCCAAACCCAUACUCCCGGUGCAGACUGGUGUCAAGGCUCAAGAAGAGGAGCAAUCCAACGGGCUGACUAUAUUCUUCAGCCUUCUGGUUAUUGGUAUUGGCAUCAUAUUGGUGCAUCUUCUUAUCAAAUUCAAGCUACAUUUUCUUCCUGAAAGUGUAGCUGUUGUUUCCCUGGGAAUCCUAAUGGGAGGCUUCAUUAAGAUCAUUGAAUUCCAGGAGCUGGCCAACUGGAAGGAAGAGGAGAUGUUUCGGCCCAACAUGUUCUUCCUUUUGCUGCUGCCACCGAUCAUUUUUGAAUCUGGCUACUCCUUGCACAAGGGUAAUUUCUUCCAGAACAUCGGCUCCAUAUCUCUCUUUGCUGUGAUCGGCACGGCUAUUUCUGCAUUUAUAGUCGGAGGUGGCAUAUAUUUCCUGGGACAGGCAGAUGUCAUUUACAAGAUGUCCAUGACCGACAGUUUUGCCUUUGGCUCCCUGAUAUCCGCCGUGGAUCCAGUUGCCACAAUCGCCAUCUUCAACGCCCUGAACGUGGACCCGGUUCUCAACAUGCUCGUGUUUGGGGAGAGCAUUCUCAAUGACGCCGUCUCCAUUGUGCUGACAAACACUGCAGAAGGUUUCUUUUCACAGUCUGAUAACUCCACCGUCACCGGCUGGGAGAUAUUCAUACAGGCGCUGGGAUACUUUCUCAAAAUGUUUUUCGGCUCCGCUGCACUUGGAACACUCACUGGACUGAUCUCUGCUCUUUUUUUAAAGCAUUUUGACCUGAGGAAGACCCCCUCUCUCGAGUUUGGAAUGAUGCUGAUCUUUGCUUAUCUCCCGUAUGGACUUGCAGAAGGGAUCCAGCUCUCUGGAAUCAUGUCCAUCCUGUUUGCUGGAAUCGUCAUGUCUCAUUACACUCACCACAAUCUGUCUCCGGUCACACAGAUCCUCAUGCAGCAGACUCUGCGCUCUGUGGCCUUCAUGUGUGAAACAUGUGUGUUUGCCUUCCUCGGCCUCUCCAUAUUCAGCUUCCCACAUAAAUUUGAGUUCUCUUUCGUAAUCUGGUGCAUUGUGCUUGUCCUGCUCGGUCGCGCCAUCAACAUCUUUCCGCUGUCAUUCUUGCUCAACUUCUUCAGAGACCACAAGAUCACUCCCAAGAUGAUGUUUAUUAUGUGGUUUAGUGGUUUGCGCGGUGCCAUUCCCUACGCCCUGAGCCUCCAUCUCGGCCUGGAGCCCAUCGAGAAGCGACAGCUGAUCGGCACCACCACCAUCAUCAUCGUGCUGUUCACCAUCCUGCUGAUGGGGGGCGGCACCAUGCCUCUCAUCCGCGUGAUGGACAUCGAGGCCAGCCAAUCCCGGCGCAAGAGCAAGAAAGACAUCAACCUCAGCAAGACGCAGAAAAUGGGAAACACCAUCGAGUCGGAGCACCUGUCGGAGCUGACGGAGGAGGAGUACGAGGCUCACAUCUACCAUCGGCAAGAUCUGAAGGGAUUCUUGUGGUUCGACGCAAAGUACCUCAACCCUUUCUUCACGCGCCGACUCACCCAGGAGGAUCUCUUACACGGGCGGAUACAGAUGAAAACAUUGACUAACAAGUGGUAUGAAGAGGUGCGCCAGGGCCCCUCCGGCUCCGAAGACGAAGACGAGGCCGAGCUGCUGUAA